AUGCGAGCCUCUACAAUUGCUGCUACAUUUAUUGUGGCUGUGAUUUCCGCAAAAGCACAGCGUGUCUAUGUAGAUGACUAUGAGAAAAGACACACUGUAUCCGGAAAACCUAAGAUUGUCACGUUUGCUCAUACAGCAGUAUCAUUGUUUGAUUAUGGCCUUACAACCGACCAACUGAUAGGAACCUAUGGCGAAUACGUCAUCGAGAAAUCUGAUAUUGAUUUCAAUUCACCUGAACAGACUUCCAGCUACACGGGAGAUCCAGAGCCAGAAGACCUUGUCAGGCUUCAGACUGUGGCAAACUUGUCGCCAGAAUGCGCCCAAAAGCCAGGGUACUGUACUCACUUCAACCUGACAAUGCUUCUGGAAUUGGAUCCUGACUUCUUGAUUGUGCAUGGCUAUGGGGAAAGUCCCUGGGGGUUUCAGAAUUUCGCCGAGGUUACCGAUGCCUUUCCAAAGGAAAAGAUAAUAUUCAAUGAUAUUGCAUUGGAAGGCCAAGGAUGCUCGAAUCAUACAAAGUGCUUUGGAAAGUCCAUGAUUGACAUCGUUGAACAGUAUCGGGAUUUGGCGGCUUUUUUAGGUUUUGAUGAGCCAGCAAGCCUCGAGGAGGAUUUGAAAGACCUCUGCGCCGCUGCAGAAGAAUUUGUGUACCAGAUGGAAAUUGCUCACAACAAUGGAGUUCGUGCCAUGGCUGCAAAUCUAGCACGAAGUACCGUCUACUUUGCGAGUCCCAACACCGAUAUGGUACUGAGAAUGUUUGAAGAGCUGGGAAUGCCCUUGUUUCAUGUUGGUGCUUGCCCAAGCUGUACGCAAACAUACUUUUGGGAGUGGGUCGAAGUGGACAAGUAUUUCUCAGCGUGUCAAGAAGAGGUCUCUGAAAGUUGCAACAAUGAAACGAUGUAUCCGGUGGAUGUGUGGAUAUAUGAUCAUCGUGUUCGUGCCUCGAUUUGGAGCGAUGAAUUUGCAGUCCAGUUUCCGGAUAAGGCCCUACUUGCCAAGCAAUAUGCGGAAUGGCCAUUGGGUGGGCGCAAGAUUACACCUCGCCACGCAAUCGAAAUUCUCGAGUCUGUGGGUCCCGUAUUGGCCAGUGCUACAAGAUUGCAUCCGCCGACGGCUUGUAUCCCAGAUCUCGAUGUUUCUUCCAACAUCUUUCGUCGGUCGGGCGCUGAUCCAAGCAGAGGUGCUGGCGCAGAUCUGGACGAUGGGAAAGCUACUGGAGAAGAUAGGAGUGGAACAACUCAUUCUAUCAGAAGUUUUCUGGGAAUACUAGUAGCAUGUUGGUUCGGGGUCAUGCUGACGUAA